AUGAGCAGGCACACGUGGUUCCCUUUGCAGUACAUCUCCAAAUCCUUCUGGAGAACAGAGAAUCACAACACGACCAAGUUCUUCUCUGCACUGUAUAGCUUCCCUAACCACUCCUUCUUCCACAGUGACCUGGAGGACCUGGGGGACUUUGACAGCGGGACCAAGUACGAGGGCGAGUCACAGAGCCGGACGGUGAAGGCACUGCUGAUAGUGGCCUACUCUGUGAUCAUCUGCAUCUCGCUCUUUGGCAACAUCCUGGUGUGCCACGUGGUGAUCAAGAACAAAAGGAUGCACUCUGCCACCAGCCUCUUCAUCGUCAACCUGGCCGUUGCCGACGUGAUGAUCACUGUUCUGAACACCCCCUUCACACUGGUGCGGUUUGUAAGCAGCACCUGGGUUUUUGGGAAGCUGAUGUGUCACAUAAGCCGGUUUGUUCAGUACUGCUCUGUUCACGUGUCCGUGCUGACCCUCGCUGCCAUCGCUCUGGAUCGGCAUCAGGUUAUCAUGCACCCUCUCAAGCCACGCAUGUCCAUGGUGAAAGGAGGGAUCUGCAUCAUUAUCAUCUGGGUUAUGGCCAGCUGCUUCUCACUGCCUCAUGCCAUUUACCAGACUUUGACAAGAUUUUAUAUUGGGAACAGAACAAUACGAACAGUCUGCCUCCCCAGCUUCCCUCCUCCUGCUGACCUUUUCUGGAAGUAUCUGGACUUGACUACUUUUGUUCUCUUGUAUGUCCUGCCCUUGUUUGUGAUCUCCAUCACGUAUACUAUGGUGGCCAAGAAGCUCUGGCUGAGAAAUGCCAUCGGGGACCUCACCAUGGAGCAAUACUAUGCCCAUCAACGGAAAAAGAAGAUGACUCUGAAGAUGCUGAUGGUGGUGGUGAUAGUGUUUGCAGUAUGCUGGUUCCCCCUGAACUGCUACGUGGUGUUGAUCUCCUGUAGGGCCAUUCACAGUAGCAACGCCUUGUACUUUGCUUUUCACUGGUUUGCCAUGAGCAGCACUUGCUACAACCCCUUCAUUUACUGUUGGCUGAAUGAGAGCUUCAGAUCCGAGUUGAAAUCCUUGCUCUGUGUGUGCCGGCGAAGGAGUGCAGCACAGAGCCAUGCUCUGCAGUCCAUCUCUCCUCCUUUCAGGCACGCCUGGAUUGAGAACUGCCAUUAUAAAAGAGGCAGCGCCUGCCCAAAGGCAAGGGCGCCCUCCCAGAGGAACUCUGCAAAGACAGACAUAUCCAGUGUUCAUCCAAUUGUAGCAGAAAGUUAA